AUGUGCGGUACCCGUCUCGUAACGGCCAAAGUGUGUUUACUGACAGAAGUUGUACGUAGGAAAAUAUUCACCCUUAACACCGGCGCCCGCAUGCCCGCCGUCGGGCUAGGCACCUGGCAGUCCAAGCCCGGUGAAGUCGAGGAGGCGGUGGAGUCUGCGCUGCGAUGCGGCUACCGCCAUAUCGAUACCGCCUUGGCCUACGGCAACGAGAAGGAGGUCGGAGUUGGCAUGAGAGCCUCGGGCGUUCCGCGCGAGGAGAUUUGGUUGACUACCAAGCUUGACAACGCAUGGCACAAGCGUGUUGCGGACGGCAUUGACGAGAGCUUAAAGAACUUGGGAACAGACUAUGUCGACCUUUACCUUAUGCACUGGCCUGUUGCGCUUGACCCUAGCGAUGAGACUAAAGUUAUCGACGGCUGGGACUUUGUCGAUACUUGGAUGGAGAUGCAAAAGCUGGUGGCAACGGGCAAGGUCCGCAAUAUUGGCGUGAGCAAUUUUGGUAUUGGGCAUCUGGAGAGGCUGCUGUCGGCGAAGGGCCUCGAGAUUGUCCCGGCUGUCAACCAGGUCGAGCUCCACCCUCAUAACCCCUCUCCAAAGCUCCUCGACUACUGCGUCGGAAAAGGCAUCCACCUGACCGCCUACUGCCCCCUCGGAAGCUCAAACUCGCCACUAGCUUCCGACGAAAUCGUCCGCUCCAUCGCCCAGUCACACGGGCGCACACCCCAGCAGGUUCUGUUGAAUUGGGGUGUUCAGAGGGGAACGAGCGUCUUGCCCAAGUCUGUCACGAGGCAGCGCAUUCGGGCCAACAUUGAUUUGGAGGGCUGGAGUCUGACAGAUGAUGAGAUGGCCAUAUUGUCUGCUGUGCCGAAUCGGUUCAAGGUUGCGGGUGACGAUUGGCUGCCGGUGAGGGUAUUCUUUGGGGAUGAUGAGGAGACCGUGUCAAAGGGCAAUUUAUAG